CGUUUCUCUCUCCUGUGGGAAUCCUCCUCUCCGAUUCACUAUCCCCGUACUUUUCGACAUGAAAGGCGACAAAUCGAAGGCGGACUCUAAGAAAGCUGAUGCCAAGCUUGCUGUGAAUAGGAAAGGCGCUGGCGCCACCAAGGCAGGCAGGAAACCAAGCAAGGGGAAGGCGGCGAAAGACCCUAACAAACCAAAGAGACCGGCCAGUGCCUUCUUUGUUUUCAUGGAGGAGUUUAGGAAGCAGUUUAACAAGGAAAAUCCUGACAACAAAGCGGUGUCUGCUGUUGGCAAAGCUGCUGGGGCUAAAUGGAAAUCUAUGUCUGAUGCUGAGAAAGCGCCCUAUGUAGCUAAAGCAGAGAAACGAAAGGCUGAGUAUGAGAAGAAUAUGAAAGCCUAUAACAAGAGACAGGCGGAAGGUCCAAAUGCUGCAGACGAAGAAGAAUCUGAGAAGUCAAUGUCUGAGGUUAAUGAUGCCGACGGGGGAGAUGAAGAGGGCAGUGAUGAGGAGGAAGAUGACGAGUAGCAAAUGGACUAUAGCCAGUAUUUAGCUGUUUUCAACACCCUGGUCUUUAGAUGAUAAGCCUAUCUUCUGCUUCCAAAACAUAUUCCUGCUCCCUUAAUUGUUGCCUCUCCAAAAGUUAAUAGUAAAGUAGGCAGUUAAGUUCUAUUUGUAGUAUUAGUCUUUAGUUGGUUGGCGCUGACAUCUUGUAGAGCUUUUCGUAUGAUGAUGCUUAUCUUGCUGGAACCUGGUUUCUUUUGUAUUAAUAGGUUAUGUUGGAGCAUCAUUAUGAUGCAAUCCAUUUAAUGAUGCCGGGUAUUUGACAAUGUUAUUCGAUACUAGAAUUACGCUCACCAUCCGUGAUGAUUUGCUGAUAUUUUAGUCUAGAGUUGGACGCAUUUCAGAAGUAAUAAUAUUGUCUGUUAUGCA